AUGUCUCUCAACGAUCUCUGGGAGGCAUCUAAAGCUCCUUACUAUCCCAUCGUCUCCAAAGAAAAUCAGUUCAUUGUCGGCUUUAACUUGCUUCUAGCCGCCGUUUUUUUGACUGGUCUCUUCGGGUUGAAUCGAUCAUUCCUCAACAUCACUUUCUUAGGGCUGCCAGCAUCGUUGGCAUUCGGUUUCGGAGCUGUGUUUAUGAUUUGCGCCGUUGGUGUUUACGUUUAG